AUGGGGUAUAAGCGGUGGCUACAGGUGAUCUCUGUCAAGAACGCGGAUGAUUGGAGUAUAAUAGCAAACCAUAUUGAACUUGUCAGGGAAAUUCAUUGUUUUGACGGCACACUACUCGACAUCAAACACCAGACCAACCUUUCAAAAAUACCUAAUUUAUACGCCGCCACGAUCGAUUCACAUAGUGAUGUCUGGCAUGAUGAACACUAUCGUUUCGCCUACCGAGAUAUUAUUUCUACUCUUCCACGCUCUCUCAAAAGACUGGAAAUUGAGCAUGCUCACGGUCCAGAUAUCAAGAUAAUAUCAUUAGUCAAGGAACAUUGUCCGGAACUCGAGGAACUAGUAUUGGGGAGGUGCACCAUGUUCAACAGGUCUCCAGCCUGCGAUUUUUGGUCCUCUUUCCCCCACGACCACGAUGCAUACAUGUCAAUGACUGGGACAGACGCAUAUGCUCAUUCUUUAGGGAGCGAGCUCGCACCACUCAAACACCUUCGGUCACUUCGAGUCGGACUCUACUUUGUUCCAUCGGAUAUUGUUCUCGCGCACAGGCUAUACCAUCGGCGGGGCGUUCCCGCUCCGGCGACUAUACACUGGCAGUCGGCAAUCCCCCUUGCCGAGUUACCCUCCAAUCCAUUCCUCCACGAAUCGCCACCGCAUCCUGAGCCUGCUACCACAGCCCAACUUGUUUCACUGCUGCACCGCCGUGAUGAAGGAUCUCAUACAGAGUUUACGUGUCCAAUGUGCGCCGAGAUCACAAGCGCGAGCGGCAGUGAGGCAGAAAAGAAUGCCAACUCGAUCCUUCGUGGAUAUCUCUCGAAGCUCACUUUUGUGGAAUGGAUGGGAUGGUUAACACCUGGACAUUUAGGGGUUCACUCUUAUCGGUUUUCCUCAUGA